GCAUAUUGCCACACGCAAGACUCCGUCGUGCACAAGGUCAAAGCUCAGGAUCAAACACACACAAGCUCGAGAAGACAAUCUCCAUCAUGACUGCCCCUCCUCGGCACCUAAAGGUCUUGCUUACGGGCGGCGCACGAGGUAUUGGCAGAGGGCUGUUCCGCCAUUUGCUGACUGCCGGGCAUCAAGUCAUCAUCCUAGACUCCAACAAGGAAGAACUAGAGCAUAUCAAAACGCGCGCGCAAGAGUGGUCAAACGGCCAGAAAGAAACAUGGCACGCACUGCAAUGUGAUCUCAGCGAACGCACACAAGUCAAAGCCGCUGUCGAAGAAGUGAAGCAGAAAUUCAACGGCACCCUUGAUGUCCUCAUCAACAACGCCUUCCCCACCGACCUCUGCAUCUCAGAGGACCGGCGCAUGGAAGCCCCCGGAGAAGACACGGAGAGAGAAUGGGAUCUGAAGCUAGCAAUAGGACUCACGGCGCCAUUUCUGCUCAGUCGCUUGUGCAUCCCGCUUCUGGCUGCCGGCUACUCGACGCCGCAUUCCCCAGGCACCAUUAUCAACAUGUCGUCUACACGCGCGCACCAGGCUGAGCCAGACCACGAGGCUUAUUCGGCCGUCAAAGCCGGGCUGCUGGGCCUUACCCAAUCCAUGUCUGUGUCGCUGGGCCACCGCUACAACAUCAGAGUCAACGCUAUUAUCCCUGGAUGGAUCCACGUGCUAAAUGAGAGCAAGGCGGGUGACCAAAGCAGUGCAGCGUGGGACCAAGGCUUGACGGAGGACGACGCAAAGUGGCAUCCUGCGGGGAGAGUAGGCAAAGCAGAAGACAUUGCUAGGGCUGUGGAAUAUGCAGUGUGCAAUGAGUUUGUGACGGGCGAGGAGAUUGUCGUUGAUGGCGGCGUUGGGCGCAAGAUGGUGUAUCCUGAGUAAAUAUUGGAAGCCACUAAUUUCA